AUGCACCAAUUAUGAUUCAAGAAGCUAAAGAUAAAGGUUACUUAUUUGUAAUAACUUCACAAGAGAAAACAAAUUACGAAGCAACUAAUUAUAUAAGUUUACCACCACAAAUUUUGGGGAUAAAGAUUUUUCAUGAACAAAAACUUGUUUACGAAAAUAAUA